AGUUCCUCAGUUGUGUCCCACUGCCUACCAAUCAGAUGAUAUCUCCUCAGAGCCAAUAGGGGCAGAGCAAGCUAGUCGGCUGGGUGUGUUGAGUUGGAGUUUAAACUUUGGACUCAAGAAGACGAACUGAGAGAUACAGCGGAGACUCUCAGGAACAAAGACAAAGCUGCUCCACAACAACAGUGAUUUGGAUAUUUCUGCUGGAUCUCAGUUGUGUUUUGAGGCCUCUCUGUUGUGCCACACAAACAGAGACACUAUGGAGCACUACCCAGAUCAGGGUUGUGAUGGCAUUGAGCUGCUCGACUGGCUGUUUGAUCAAAAUGAGGGAAUUCUUCGACAUGAAGAAGCGGAGCACCAUGGCAACCAUCACACCUGGCCAAUCCAGGAGCCGAAUAUGCUGCAGCCGCCCGAACAGGCAGAUGACGACUUCCUCAACGCCCUCCUGAGUGGGAGUGAGUCAGUGUCAGGCUCACCUCUGUGGUCCCCAUCUCCCAGUGACAGCGGAAUCAGCGAGGACCCUCCUUCAGACCAGAUGGACAGUCCACAACGUCCCGAGAGCCCCCACAGGGACACUCAGUUCUUCAGUAAGAGGCCCCAAACAAAGGCGGCCCUGGAAGCCAAUGUCCCCAUGGACCUCAAUGGAUGGGAGUCUGGAUUCCCGGCAGGCAGGGUGAGGAUUACACAAUAUCCAUCUGAUGUACAUAGACCACAGCUGUCCUCUGGCUUCCCGCUAACAGUCAAAGAUCUGCUUCUGUCUGGAACACCCGAACCACCCCCACCGCCAUCGCAACAGUCUAUUCCAGAGCUGCUUCUCAAUGAGGACGAGAAGAAGCUUCUAGCGAAGGAGGGGGUGACUCUACCCAGCCAGCUACCGCUCACAAAGUAUGAAGAAAGGGUUCUGAAGAAAAUACGCCGGAAGAUUCGUAAUAAGCAGUCUGCCCAGGAGAGCAGGAAGAAGAAGAAGGAAUAUAUUGAUGGACUGGAGAGCAGGAUGGCAGCCUGCAACGCACACAACCAGGAGCUGCAAAGGAAAGUGUCACAGCUGGAGAAGUGCAACAUGUCACUAAUGGAACAGUUGCGCAGGCUGCAGGCUCUGUUCAUGAAUACAUCUAACAAGCCAGCCCAGACAGGGACAUGUGUACUGGUACUUCUGCUGUCCCUGUCGCUAAUCCUGUUCCCCAGCCUCAAGCCCUUUCCCGACAGCAAGGUCAGCCAAGGAGACUUCAAUCCAGUCAGAAUCCAGUCGCGGUCCCUGCAGAACCUCCAGGCUUCCCGCGUGCUGAGCGUCAUCGACCCCCCGUUCUCCACUGAAGAUGAAUCAGAGCCUCUGCACCCACAUUUCCCAGCAGACCAUGGACUGGAAGAUAUGAAUACACUGAUGGGGAAGCUGGGAGUGAACCAAGAGCGCUCGAGUUCAGAGACCGUAUCUCUAAACAGCAGUCAGGUGGAGGGAAUUGGCCACUUCCAGGUAGAUCCAAUCACUGGUCACAUAGCCACGGUGACCCUGGAUCCCCGCCGCUCCGCCAAGUUGCGACCACAUGCUGAUGAUAUGUGAAACAUGUUAAGAAACUCCCCAAAAUGUGCUCCUCCUAAUGGUAGACACAGAAAGGGAAAUUGUGUUUUAAUCAUUGAUGUUUCCUUUAAUAUAUUUUCACUCUGUAUGUCUUUACCUUUUUUAUUUUUUUGCGAUACUGUUUUAUAUCAGUAUUUUGAUUUAAAAUCGUACACUGAAAUUGCCUGACAAGAUAAACUGUGCAUUUCCCCUGGCUUUGGUAAAAUGUCAGUGUAAAUGAUUGUGUUUGAGACUGUCAGAAACUGAGUAAAUAGAGACGUGAUGGUGUCUACAGUUCGAGCUUAGUGGAUCAUUUGUAAAAUGUUUUCAGUGAAUGAUUGAUUGAAAGUGAUUUAUUCAUGGGUAAAACUGCCUCAAAUAAAAAAAACCCUAUUGGUGGGAUCAAAA